UUGUUUCUAGAAACCUCGAGCCGCUUUUGUUUUGGGGAGCCGCUGUUCAAUCCUUUUACAUUUGCUUCUUCCCUCUCUGCUCGCUGUGCUUGUGGAAGUCGGUCUUUUCGAGUUUGCAUACAUUUACGGUUUAGUCUGGCGCGUUUCGACAUUAAAACGCCUCGAGCUUUGUCGACAUUUAUCUACGCCUCAGUCAAAUCUCCACCUUUCUAACGCCCAACGCCUCACAAUCGAAUCGAAUCGAAUCGCGAGUGUCAGGCGACUAAUACAUAAUCGGAAUAUUCGGGCGCAGUCGUGGAAAGAAGCAUGGAGAAUGCGUACACACAGACGCCUGGAGAUGCGCUGAAGCAUUUCCAGGUCACAGAGGAAAAGGGUCUUUCGGAGCAGCAGGUCGCGAGCCUGCGCGAGAAGCAUGGCAAGAAUGCGCUGCCAGAGGACCCGCCUACACCCAUUUGGGAGCUCAUACUCGAGCAAUUCAAGGACCAGCUGGUCAUUAUUCUGCUCGGUUCAGCAGCCGUUUCCUUUGUGCUCGCGCUCUUGGAAGAUGGCGAGGGCUGGACGGCAUUUGUGGAUCCUGCGGUUAUUCUCACCAUUCUCAUAUUGAACGCCGUUGUUGGUGUGUCGCAGGAAACGAGCGCCGAGAAGGCCAUCGCCGCCCUUCAGGAAUACUCGGCCAAUGAGGCCAAGGUCGUUCGCGACGGACACAUUACGCGCAUAAAGGCUGAGGAUCUGGUGCCUGGAGAUAUCGUUUCGGUGACGAUUGGCGACCGGAUCCCCGCCGACUGCAGGAUCCUGUCCAUCCAGAGCAACAGCUUCAACAUCGACCAGUCAAUUCUCACGGGCGAGAGCGAGAGUGUGUCCAAGGACACCCGGGCCAUCAAAGAUGCAAAUGCUGUCAAGCAGGACCAGGUCAACAUGCUUUUCUCCGGUACCACCGUAGUCACUGGACAUGCAAAUGCGCUGGUUGUCUUGACGGGCGCGAACACGGCCAUUGGAGACAUUCACGAGAGCAUCACAUCCCAAAUCUCGCAGCCCACGCCGCUCAAGAACAAGCUCAACGAUUUCGGCGACACGCUUGCCAAGGUCAUCACUGUAAUCUGCAUUCUGGUCUGGCUCAUCAACAUCCGCAACUUCAGCGACCCGGCGCACGGAAGCUUUACCAAGGGCGCCAUCUACUACCUCAAGAUCGCCGUGUCGCUCGGUGUGGCUGCUAUUCCUGAGGGUCUUGCUGUUGUCAUUACGACUUGUUUGGCUCUGGGUACGCGCAAAAUGGCUGCUAGGAAUGCCGUUGUUCGAAGUCUCCCAUCAGUCGAAACCCUGGGAAGCUGCAGCGUCAUCUGCUCGGACAAGACUGGUACCCUGACUACUAACCAAAUGAGCGUCAACAAAAUGGUUUUCAUCAGCGAGGACGGCAGGGGACUUGAGGAAUUCGAUGUCGAGGGAACUAGCUUUUCCCCCGAGGGUCAGAUUUCUUUCCAGGGAACGCCAAUGCAGAAUCUCGCCGCUUCUUCUGAAACCGUCCGCCAAAUCUGCGAAGUCACCGCGCUUUGCAACGAGGCAGCUCUCUCCUACGACGACAAGAACGGUACAUACGCGCUUGUUGGUGAGCCUACAGAGGGCGCCCUCCGCGUUCUGGUCGAGAAGGUUGGCACUCCUGACGUGAGCUUCAACGCGACCCGAGCCAGCACUUCUCCUGAGAACUUGGUGCAUUAUUCGAGCGAUUUCUACGAGAACCAGUACUCCAAGCUUGCUACAUAUGAAUUCUCCCGCGAUCGUAAGAGUAUGUCUGUUUUGGUCAGGAACGGUAACGCGCAGAAGCUUUUGGUUAAGGGUGCUCCCGAGUCUAUUCUCGAUCGCUGCACAGAGGUUGUUAUCGGCAAGAGCGGGAGGAAGGUUCCCCUCAUCGGACAACUCGCCAGCCUUAUCCAGGAAGAGAUUAUCGAGUACGGCAACCGUGGUCUCCGCGUGAUUGCCAUAGCCUCCGUUGAUGAUGUCGGUUCCAACCCACUUGUAUCCAGGGCCAAGACCACCAAAGAGUACGCCCAGCUGGAGCAGAACAUGACUCUCAUCGGUCUCGUUGGCAUGUUGGACCCUCCUCGUGCUGAAGUCAAGGCAUCGAUUGCCAAGUGCCGUUCCGCUGGUAUCCGCGUCGUGGUCAUCACCGGUGACAACCAGAACACGGCUGAGAGCAUUUGCCGACAGAUUGGUGUCUUUGGCCAGGAUGAAGAUCUUACAGGAAAGAGCUAUACCGGACGUCAAUUCGACGAUCUGAGCGAGGCUGAGCAAAUGGAGGCUGCCAAGCACGCCUCGCUGUUCUCUCGCACUGAACCUACACACAAGUCGAAGCUCGUGGACCUCCUCCAACAGGCUGGUGAGGUCGUCGCCAUGACCGGUGACGGCGUCAACGAUGCGCCCGCUCUCAAGAAGGCAGAUAUCGGUGUCGCUAUGGGCUCAGGAACCGACGUUGCCAAACUCGCUGCCGACAUGGUCCUCGUAGACGACAACUUCGCCACCAUCGAGGGCGCCGUCGAAGAAGGCCGCUCCAUCUACAACAACACGCAACAAUUUAUCCGCUACCUUAUCUCUUCCAACAUUGGUGAGGUUGUGUCCAUCUUCCUCACAGCCGCCAUGGGCAUGCCCGAGGCUCUCAUCCCCGUCCAACUCCUCUGGGUCAACCUCGUCACCGACGGUCUCCCCGCCACAGCCCUUUCCUUCAACCCGCCCGACCACGACGUCAUGAAGCGCCAGCCCCGCAAGCGCGACGAGGCCCUCAUCGGAGGCUGGCUAUUCUUCCGCUACAUGGUCAUCGGCACGUACGUCGGCGCCGCCACCGUCUUCGGUUACGCCUGGUGGUUCAUGUUCAACAGCGCAGGCCCGCAAAUCUCCUUCUACCAGCUCCGCAACUUCCACAGCUGCUCGGCCCAGUUCCCCGAAAUCGGCUGCGAAAUGUUCACGGAUGUUUCGGCCAAGUCUGCGUCCACCGUCUCGCUGUCUAUCCUUGUUGUUAUCGAGAUGUUGAACGCUAUGAACGCGCUGAGCUCGUCAGAGAGUCUGCUCACGCUACCAUUGUGGAAGAACAUGAUGCUCGUCUACGCUAUCUGCCUCUCGAUGGCUCUGCACUUCGCGCUGCUCUACCUACCGUUCUUGCAGGGCUUGUUCAGCGUUAUCCCUCUCAACUGGAGCGAGUGGCAAGCCGUCUUGGCCAUCAGCGCGCCCAUCAUGUAAGUCCCCCUUACCUCACCAUGACCAUCUCCCAAAUAUGCUAACAGAUAAAAUAGUCUUAUCGACGAGGUGCUGAAGUUUGUCGAACGCGCUUACUUCAUCCAGAAGGGCAGUUUGAACUCAGAUGUUGCGGCGCGUGUGCAGAACGGUAGGCCG